GGCACAUGAGGAGGUUCAAAAAAAUGAGUGUAGUCCAGACUGCGACUCCUAUUUUUCACAGGCAAAGCCCAAAUUAUAAUGCUUCCACGGAGAUUAGUAUGGGCGUCGAUUUCUCCACAGCAAAGGCUGACAGAAUGGCUUACAGGCGAAGCAAAGCUAAACUCCGCAAUCCGCUCCCAUUUCCACAGUGCAGCAACAUUCCGUAAUUGCUCAGAAAAAUCACAGUCAGCCGCUGGAUCGACGUCUCUAAGCGAGCGGGGCCCUUUUGUUUCCCGCCUCAAUAGCCGCGGGGUUUUGCGCUUUGACGGGCCCGAUACCGUCAAGUUUCUGCAGGGUCUCAUCACAAACGAUCUGAGACUGUUAGAGGAGCAGACACGUCAGCCGGUGCCCACACCGAACCAGCCGGCGGCUCAAAGCGGCCCAGUGUAUGCUGCGUUUCUUAAUUCACAGGGGAGGUUUUUGUACGAUAUUUUUAUUUACCGGCCAGUGCGCGCAGAAGAGAAGCUCAAUGCGACGGGCUCUGGUCCAGGCGACGAUUCGCAUCAGCCUGCCUUGCUCGCCGACGUGGACAGAGAUUCGUUGCACGAGCUACUCGAUCAUUUGAACAAAUAUCGUUUGCGUGCAAAGGUGGAAAUACAGGAUGCCUCAAAAGAUAUGGCUGCAUGGCAACGGUUUGGUGGUGCCUUGGUACAUGAAUCUGGUGUGAAUAAAGAUGCUGAAACAGAAGGCAUUGGCUGGGGUGGUGGUAAUGACUUAUCUGGUUGUGCUGCUGCUCAAGGUUGUAUUCAAAGUUGCAAGUGGUUCAGGGAUCCAAGAUUGGCUUCACUUGGUUUUCGGGGAAUUUUUCCAUCAGAUAGCCUACCACCACUCGUAGAAGCUGAUAAAGAAGUGGAUGAGCAAUAUUAUCUUUUAUUGAGGCUGGAGGAAGGAGUACCAGAAGGUUCGGCAGAAAUUCCUAAAGGUGAAGCAAUUCCUCUUGAGUACAAUUUGGCGGGAUUAAAUGCUAUAAGCUUUGAAAAGGGGUGUUAUGUUGGCCAAGAGUUGGUGGCUCGAACCCAUCACCGUGGUGUAAUUCGCAAGCGAAUAUUGCCAGUCCACUUCACACUAGAUAGUGGAGAAGAGGUCCAGCAAAAAGUUGCACCUAAAUCCGAGUUAAUCAAUGCAGAUUCUGGAAAAGCAGUUGGCACUGUUACAACAGUGCUUGGAUCUAGGGGUCUUGCUCUUUUGAGAUUAGAAGCAGCCCUGAAAAAUUCUAAUCGUUUGAAUUUGAAAGGCUUGGAGAAUGUUAGGGUUGAAGUUAUACGGCCAAGGUGGUGGCCGAGGGAAUGGGGUCAAGAAGAGGAACAACAAGCAGCAAUGGCAUAAACUGGCUGUAGAAAGUGAAUUAGAUUCAGUUAUUGUAGUUGUAAUUUCAAUUUCAAUAAAUCUAGGCCUGUCUCAUAUUUGCAUGUAGCCAGUGUUGUUUGAUUACUGUUUAUAACUAUGCUUUCCCUCUCCACUCCAUCAAAACAAUAUUUCCAUUACAUACCCUUUGGCUUUAAUUUAAUUGUUCUUUCUUCUUGUA